AUGGAUCGUCCAGUAAAGAUUGCUAUUGCUGACCUUGAUGCUUCAAUUGAUUGCGGAUUUUAUGAACUACUUGUGCAUCCAGAUGUGAAAUACAACGAAUCAAUCGAUGGUUCUCUGCUUGCUAUUCAUCAUCCUGUACAUCGUGAUCCCGACAUCCAGUUGCCGUAUCAGAUCAUGCGUACAUUGCCAUCAACGCAAUGCACGCUAAAUUCAAUACCAUCUGUAGAAACACUGCCAUUGAGUCAGAUUGAAAUGGAUACGUGCAUUAAAGCCAUGCUGCAUCUCAUCUCAUCCAUUCCACCACGAUACAUCAAGUACAACAAAGUGUUAUCUGCUCAGAUUGAUACAGCUAUGAAGCAAGUCCAUCAUCUUCAAGUAUCGCUGACUCAUCUUCAAUCCAACAUCUCAUCUACCCAUAGCUCUGUCCAUCACAAACCCUUACCAGUCACUUUGGAUAUUCAAACCACGUUUACGCAGUAUCGCAUUAUGCAGGUGUUGUUCGAGGUAUGGAAAUCAGUUGGAAGACGAUAUGCUCCACAUGUACGCACAUUCAACGUAUCCAAUGUCGUAACACUACACAACGUAGAUACGGCAGAACAUUAUCUCAACCGUCUCUGUUCAUGGCGACGAAUGAUCGAUACACAUACUUGGAAAACCUUGACAUUGGGUAUGACACAACAAGAGCAGCAACUUUAUUUCAAAUCACCAGUUGCUGAAUUACCAUUCUCACAGCGAUCCAAACUGCGUGUAUUGGGUCCACCCGCACUACCAAGUGGAUUGUAUCCACAAGCAUGGGAAUAUUUAGUCAAACCACCAUCAGUACAUAUCAUCAACGCUAUAUCAUCCAAUAUUCAUCAUACUAAACCCAGUGAUCUAACCACCAAAUCUGUUUUACGUGAAUUCCGACAAUUAUUCAUGAAUGCAUUGUUAAAACACGAGCUAUAUACCGACUAUGAGUUGAAUAUACUGCUGGACCAGUUAUUGUGUUUGCAUGGAUCCAUGUAUACACACCACGAUGGCGAAUCAACUCAGCCUGCCAAUCGGUUCGAUAAAAAUCAGUUUGAUGCUGUAGAAUACCCAUAUGCAUUGAUUCGUGAUUCGAUUUGUAAAGAGUUUAAUAUGGGUUGGACAACAAUCAAGGAUGGGUUUAAUCCACUCAAAACAGACUUACCAAGUUUACCGAAUGCUGCCAAUAAACAACUGAGCCAGAAUGAUCGAGAUAUGGACAAGACAAUCCAACAGAUUGGAGGAAGAUUCUGGGAUCUGGCACUUCAAGAGCAUGCCAAAUACAAUACUCAAGGAGUCUAUGACGACUGCAUGUCGUCCUUUUUUCGAAACGUAGAUGAAAAAAAGGGACUUGAAUGCAUUUCUGUUGGCAAGGGAAAUGGUUCUAUUAGAGGACUCAAGGCGAGAGGAAUCAUGAUUGAUAUGGAAGAAGGAGUCAUCAAUCAUAUCUUAAGAGGACCACUGCAAGAAAUCUUUGAUCCAUGGCAACACAUUACAAGUGUUUCUGGAAGUGGUAACAACUGGGCAAUGGGUCAUCAUGUAUAUGGUCCACAGUAUAGAGAUCAGAUUCUUGAAGUUGUACGCAAACAGGCUGAAUACUGUGACUCGCUGCAAUCGUUUUUUAUUAUUGGAUCCAUGGGUGGAGGUACUGGAUCAGGAUUGGGAUCAUAUCUAUUUGGGUUAUUGGAAGAUGCAUUUCCAAGCGUGUAUCGGUUUGCAUCGACAGUGAUUCCUUCUCCAAAUGAUGAUGUUGUCACAUCUCCUUAUAACAGUGUAUUGUCGUUGCAUAAAAUGGCUCAGAGUGUCGAUUGUGUGUUGCCAGUUGACAAUCAAUCACUAUUGGCCAUAUACGAACGUAUACAAGCACAAUCGGAAAUUGGACCACAAGGUAGACGUAAAGGUAGUGCCAUUACCGAUAGCGAUGCACUAGCUCAUACUGGUUUAAUCAAAACCCCAAUAAGUAAAAAAGCAGAUGCAUUUGACACAAUGAACAACUUGGUUGCAAACCUAUUACUUAACAUGACAAGUUCGAUGCGAUUUGAAGGCAUGCUGAAUGUGGAUAUCAAUGAUAUUGUAACAAAUCUGAUUCCAUUUCCAAAACUCAAAUAUCUCUUUUCCACCAUGACACCACUGUAUGCGUUAACUGAUGUACAGAUCCAACCUCGCAGGUUGGACCAGAUGUUUACGGAUGCAUUUUCUCAAAACUGUCAGUUGAUUUCUGCAGAUCCUAGAUCUAGCGUUUACCUAGCAAGUGCGUUGAUUGUUCGCGGUGCUGUCGAGAUUUCAGAUUUACGACGAAACAUUGACAGGAUGCAGAAAAUACUCAAGUUUGUGCCAUGGAAUACCGAUGGAUGGAAGACUGGAAUGUGCAGCGUGCCUCCACUUGGACAGGCAAGUCAGACGUGUCUACAACCUGAUUUACACUCCAUGACUACAAAUAUGUAA